AUGGCAUCUCAAACAAUCACCAUCACUUAUACCGACGGCAAAUAUCUUUCCUUAGUGGACGCAGCCACUCGUACCCCCCUGUACCAUGUCAAGGUUUGCCGUCAAGUACCGCAGAUGGAAAUGAUUCGCCUGAGCCCAGCCCCAAGCGACGAUACCGGCCAAGCGUUUCCCCAGGAUGAGAGCGCCUACUUCCAACGCCGGGUCUAUACGGCAAAGUUCAAGAUGACGAGCCUCAAUGUCCAGCUUCAGAUCCGCGAGCACCGGGAUGUCCUGCUCAGCUGGAAAAGCAUGCUUUCCACGAGCUAUUCAUUCACCUCUCCAGCAAUGUCUGCCGCAAAUACCAUGAACUCCUCGUCCUCGCCACCGUCAUCGCCCAUCCUGACAUGGGAAGCCGACCCGACGGGUAACCUGGGUGACUAUCGACUCGUCAACGAGACAGAAAAUAAGUCGGAGAGACGGGUGCUGGUUCGCUUCCGGAACAAAGCGUUUUCCAAUGAGCAAGUGGGCACAUUUGAAGUAGACGCUGGUCUCGAUCAACUGGUCAAGGACGAAGCCGUGAUUUCCGGGCUGGCCAUGUUGCCGAUGGUGCAGAGCAUUAAUCUUGCUGGUAUGGUCAUGUUCGGCGAUCUACAUAUCGACAAACACGGCGACCUGGAUUUUGAUCAACAUAGGACUGUCCAGCAUAAGAGUCAAGGUAAAGGCAGUAUGGAGGUAAUGGAGAUGAUGGACUCUACGGCAAUGCCGCACCGGAGCAACCUCAAGGUCUUUGCCAUCAUGGUGGCUCUUUCGCUAUCGAUGUUUGUCGCUGCUCUCGACCAGACGAUCAUGGCCACGGCGAUUCCAACUAUUGCAGCCAAGCUGCACUCGGCCGCGGGAUAUACUUGGAUUGGCGGUGCUUACCUUCUGGCCAAUGCCGCUGGUGCUUGCAUCUGGGCCAAGCUCUCGGAUAUCUGGGGACGCAAGCCCAUCUUACUCUUGGCCGUGGCUUGGUUCUUUGGUAGUUCGAUCAUUUGUGCUACGGCGGUGGAUAUGCCCAUGUUAAUCGCGGGACGGGCACUGCAAGGUGUGGCCGGAGGUGGCCUGCUUCAACUGGUCACGAUUGUCAUUUCAGAUUUGUUCAGUGUUAGACACCGGAGUCUCUAUCUCGGCUUGAUGGAGUUCAUGUGGGCGCUGGCCGGAGGAAUCGGUCCCCUUCUUGGUGGUGCAUUUUCCCAAUAUGUCUCCUGGAGAUGGAGUUACUGGGUGAAUCUUCCGGUCUGCGGACUUGCCUUUGUCCUCCUCUUGCUAUUUCUCGACGUGCACAAUCCCAAGACAAAGAUGAUGGAUGGAGUGAAGGCUAUUGAUUGGUUCGGGAGUCUCUCAAUCCUCGGCCUGACGCUGAUGCUCCUCCUCGGCUUGGACUUUGGUGGUGAAACCUUCCCUUGGGAUUCGCCCAAGGUCAUUUGCCUGAUCGUUUUCGGAUCGCUCUGUUCGUUGCUGUUCAUCUACAGCGAAAAGCGGCUGGCAAAGUACCCACUGAUGCCGAUGAGCCUCUUUGCCCAGGCCUCCAAUAUUGCGACACUGGCAGUCGCUUUUGCCCAUGGUUUCGUUUUCAUCGCUGGCGAAUACUACAUGCCACUAUACUUGCAGUCCGUGAAAGAAGCCUCGCCCAUGCGCUCUGGUGUCCUCGUUCUGCCCCUGGUUCUCUCCGAAGCUUUCGCCGGCAUCAUCACCGGAGCCAUUAUCCAUCGCACCGGCCGCUAUCGCGAACUGAUCUGGCUAGGAAUGACAUUAUUGACGAUUGGCAACGGACUGUACAUUCAUCUGAAUGCAUACUCAUCCUUAGGCCAAAUAAUCGGAUACCAGAUCCUCAGCGGCAUCGGAGCAGGAUUCCUGUUUGAACCCCCAAUCAUCGCGAUCCAGGCAAUGGUCUCCCAGGACGAAACUGCCACUGCAACAGCUACCCUCGGCUUUAUUCGUAAUCUGGCAACAUCCUCGUCCAUCGUCAUCGGUGGCGUGGUGUUCCAGAACUCUAUGAGCCGGAUGAAAUCAACGUUGCUUGCCGCUGGAAUGUCCGAAACAUUGGCAGAGCAGAUGUCCGGAGACUCUGCGGCUGCGAAUAUCGAAGUCAUCAAGACCAUUCAGAAUGCCACUCAGCUGCUUGCUGUCAAAGAGGCGUUCGCCUGGAGCUUGAGGAACAUGUGGAUCCUGUAUACGUGCAUGUCCGCUUUGGGGAUUGUCGCGGGUGUGUUUAUUUUGAAGACCCGGUUGAACAAGGAGCAUGUGGAAACAAGGACAGGGCUGAGGCCGGAGAAGUCGGAGGCUGCAACUGUCGCUGAAAGAUCUGCGGAUGAAUGUUGA